UGCCCAGGCUGGUCUCGAACUCCUAGGUCCUAGAUCCUCCUGCCUCGACCUCCCAAAGUGCUGGGAUUACAGGCAUAAGCCACUGAGCUUGGCAAAGGACUUGGACUCUUAUUAACUGUUUGAGCUUGGGGCCACUCCUAAUCGAUCACUUCAUAAGUAAUUGGAAGAAUUAAAUGAGAUGGAUGUAAAGUGUUAAAGUCACAUCCAACCAUAGCUAGCUCUCAAUACCUUUUACUACUUAACAGCAGCGGGGACGACAGUCCUCUGGUCAUGCCCCCAUUCCCUCUGGUUUGUGUUCCCCUAGAUCCCACUCCACGGAACUGCCCUUCAGCCAAGGUUUGGUUGCUAAGCUGCUGGCCAGGGACCUGCCUAGUACUUCUGGGAGAUUGGGCUUCCCAGGACUACAUGGGCACUUGCAAAGCGGCCACAGGCAUCUGAGUUGGCACAGAUGCCGCAGGGGUCAGCAGCUGCCUCUGUGGUUUAGAUCCCUACCCACCACUACCAUCAGAGUAGGAGGUGCAGGGGCGGAUUCACAUCCGUCAAACAGGAGGCCGCAGCCACACUCAGGCCUCACACAGGAUGUUGCAGAGGGGAAGGCAGCUUCUUAAUCAGCAGCCGGCUGUGGGGAGCACGAGCGGAGAGGAGAGCAUGGGACGUCAGGCGGCACGCCCUGAGAGCAGGCAGCUGGCACUGGGUGCGGCCCGUGGCCGUCUCUGGUUUGGGCUGGGUCUGGAGUCCUGCCGCUGGGUGUGGACUCUCCCAGCAGAUCAAUGAGAUCAAUGGAACUUCCCGAGCUAUGGAGGGAGCUUCUUGAGGGCUGGCCCCUCCCACAUCUCCAGGCCAGAGGGCUGGCUCGGCUUGGCCAAGCCUUGGUCUCACAGGGACAAAUUAGCCCAGGUGCCCCAAACAGUGACAGGGCGGGAGAGGCAGUCUGACCUGGGAAUCCCCUCUCCUCUCUGGGGCACAAUCACAUCUGCCGCUUAGAGCAAGGGGGGCCCCAGGCAAGACCAGCCCUGUGCAGUUAUUCUCCCUCUGCCUCCACUGGUCUCUUUCCCGAGCUCUUGAGAUGGAAGGCGGGCCAGGGUGUGGAUUUUCUGGCCUCUCACCACGUGGAGAGCGCUCCUGUCCUUUGCAGGUCUCCAGUGGGGGCUGCAGACUAAGCAAAAUGAGGCGGUUCCUGAGGCCAGGGCACGACCCUGUGCGGGAGAGGCUCAAGCGGGACCUGUUCCAGUUUAACAAGACGGUGGAGCAUGGCUUCCCACACCAGCCAAGCGCCCUCGGCUACAGCCCGUCCCUGCGCGUCCUGGCCAUCGGCACCCGUUCUGGAGCCAUCAAGCUCUAUGGAGCCCCGGGCGUGGAGUUCAUGGGGCUGCACCGGGAGAACAACGCAGUGACGCAGAUCCACCUCCUGCCCGGCCAGUGCCAGCUGGUCACCCUGCUGGAUGACAACAGCCUGCACCUUUGGAGCCUGAAGGUCAAGGGCGGAGCAUCGGAGCUGCAGGAGGAUGAGAGCUUCACACUGCGUGGCCCCCCAGGGGCUGCCCCCAGUGCCACACAGAUCACCGUGGUCCUGCCCCAUUCCUCAUGCGAACUGCUCUACCUGGGCACCGAGAGCGGCAACGUGUUUGUGGUGCAGCUGCCAGCUUUUCGCGCGCUGGAGGACCGGACCAUCAGCUCGGACGCAGUACUGCAGCGGUUGCCAGAGGAGGCCCGCCACCGGCGGGUGUUCGAGAUGGUGGAGGCGCUGCAGGAGCACCCUCGAGACCCCAACCAGAUCCUCAUCGGCUACAGCCGAGGUCUUGUUGUCAUCUGGGACCUGCAAGGCAGCCGUGUGCUCUACCACUUCCUCAGCAGCCAGCAACUGGAGAACAUCUGGUGGCAGCGGGACGGCCGCCUACUCGUCAGCUGUCACUCCGAUGGCAGCUACUGCCAGUGGCCCGUGUCCAGCGACGCCCAGCAACCAGAGCCCCUCUGCAGCCUCGUGCCUUACGGUCCCUUUCCUUGCAAAGCGAUUACCAAAAUCCUCUGGCUGACCACUAGGCAGGGGUUGCCCUUCACCAUCUUCCAGGGCGGCAUGCCACGGGCCAGCUAUGGGGACCGCCACUGCAUCUCAGUGAUCCACGAUGGCCAGCAGACGGCCUUCGACUUCACCUCCCGUGUCAUCGACUUUACUGUCCUCACAGAGGCGGACCCUGCAGCCGCCUUUGACGACCCCUAUGCCCUGGUGGUGCUGGCUGAGGAGGAGCUGGUGGUGAUUGACCUGCAGACAGCAGGCUGGCCACCGGUCCAGCUGCCCUACCUGGCUUCCCUGCACUGUUCCGCCAUCACCUGCUCCCACCACGUCUCCAACAUCCCCCUGAAGCUGUGGGAGCGGAUCAUUGCCGCCGGCAGCCAGCAGAACGCACAUUUCUCCACCAUGGAGUGGCCAAUUGACGGUGGCACCAGCCUGACCCCAGCCCCACCCCAGAGGGAUGUGCUGCUCACAGGGCACGAGGAUGGCACGGUGCGGUUCUGGGAUGCCUCAGGUGUCUGCUUGCGGCUGCUGUACAAACUCAGCACAGUGCGCGUGUUCCUCACCGACACGGACCCCAACGAGAACCUCAGUGCCCAGGGCGAGGACGAGUGGCCCCCACUCCGCAAGGUGGGCUCCUUUGACCCCUACAGUGAUGACCCCCGGCUGGGCAUCCAGAAGAUCUUCCUAUGCAAGUACAGUGGCUACCUGGCUGUGGCAGGCACGGCAGGGCAGGUGCUGGUACUGGAACUGAAUGAUGAGGCAGCGGAGCAGGCCGUGGAGCAGGUGGAGGCCGACCUGCUGCAAGACCAAGAGGGCUACCGCUGGAAGGGGCACGAGCGCCUGGCAGCCCGCUCAGGGCCUGUGCGCUUUGAGCCUGGCUUUCAGCCCUUCGUGUUGGUACAGUGCCAGCCCCCAGCUGUGGUCACCUCCUUGGCCCUGCACUCUGAGUGGCGGCUCUUGGCCUUCGGCACCAGCCAUGGCUUUGGCCUCUUUGACCACCAGCAGCGGCGGCAGGUCUUUGUUAAGUGCACGCUGCACCCCAGUGACCAGCUGGCCUUGGAGGGCCCAUUGUCCCGCGUCAAGUCCCUCAAGAAGUCCUUGCGUCAGUCAUUCCGCCGGAUGCGUCGGAGCCGGGUGUCCAGCCGGAAGCGGCGCCCGGCUGGCCCCCCGGGAGAGGUACAGGAGGGGAGCGCCAAGACUGAGCGGCCGGGCCUCCAGAACAUGGAGCUGGCACCUGUGCAGCGCAAGAUCGAGGCUCGCUCGGCAGAGGACUCCUUCACAGGCUUCGUCCGGACCCUGUACUUUGCUGACACCUACCUGAGGGACAAGAACCUUCCAGCCUCUCCCAGGAGGGAAAACCUGGGAGCAAGCCCUGGUUGCCCAGCUCCACCCGACUCCCACGCCAAGGGUCAGACACCCAAACAUGGCUUCUCGGCAGGCUCCCGCCACUGCCCCUCGCUGUGGGCUGGCACCAACGGGGGCACCAUCUAUGCCUUCUCCCUGCAUGUGCCCCCCGCUGAGCGGAGAAUGGAUGAGCCUGUGCGGGCAGAGCAGGCUAAGGAGAUCCAGCUGAUGCACCGGGCGCCGGUGGUGGGCAUCCUGGUGCUCGACGGACACAGCGUACCCCUUCCCGAGCCCCUCGAAGUGGCCCAUGAUCUGUCGAAGAGCCCUGACAUGCAGGGAAGCCACCAGCUGCUCGUUGUGUCGGAGGAGCAGUUCAAGGUGUUCACGCUGCCCAAGGUGAGUGCCAAGCUGAAGCUGAAGCUGACGGCCCUGGAGGGCUCAAGGGUGAGGCGGGUCAGCGUGGCCCACUUCGGCAGUCGUCGAGCUGAGGACUAUGGGGAGCACCACCUGGCAGUCCUCACCAAUCUGGGUGACAUCCAGGUGGUGUCGCUGCCACUGCUGAAGCCCCAGGUGCGCUACAGCUGCAUCCGCCGGGAGGACGUCAGUGGCAUCGCCUCCUGCAUCUUCACCAAAUAUGGCCAAGGCUUCUACCUGAUCUCACCCUCGGAGUUCGAGCGCUUCUCUCUCUCCACCAAGUGGCUGGUGGAGCCCCGGUGUCUGGUGGAUUCAGCAGAAACCAAGAACCACCGCCCUGGUAACGGGGCAGGCCCCAAGAAGGCCCCGAGCCGAGCCAGGAACUCAGGGACUCAGAGUGAUGGCGAGGAGAAGCAGCCCGGCUUGGUGAUGGAGCGCGCUCUGCUCAGUGAUGAGAGAGUCCUGAAGGAAAUCCAGAGCACACUGGAGGGAGACCGCGGGAGCCUCAACUGGCAUUCACGUCGAGCGGCCGUGGGGUGCAGCCUCAGCAAUGGCGGAGCAGAGUGAGUGGCUGAGCGUCCAGGCUGCACGAUGAGCACACACUACUACUGAUGGCCUUUUGGAGGCCCCUGCCCCAGCCGGAGAGGCCGGUGCACAGGGCCAUACCAGGGGAUAGGGGCGCCCCGGCUUCCACAAUGCAGCUGCUCCAGGCCUUGGGAGAGGAGAGGCCCCGGCCCCUGGGGCUGCCCUUCCCGGGCCUCGUCCGUCUGGGUCCUUUGGUCAAUGUUGCACAGUUUUUAUUGCCCCCAUCCCUUUUUGUAGUGGGCUGGGGUUUAAGUUAUACAUGUUAACUGCCUCUGGGUGAAAAAGUUUUUAAUAAACACCUAUUACCUCUUCA